GCGCAAAUCGGAAUCGCUCCGGGAACUGGCAGCCUAACGAAACCGUAACUGCGAACUGCGAGGAGGCACAGUUGGUCAAUUUGGUGUAAGCGGCGUGACUGUGUGUGUGUCUUCGGUGAAGGGUGUUAAAACCUUCAGUUGGAGGACUAGACACGCCUCCGUCGUGCCUUCGGAAUAGAGGGGGAAAUCAGACGGGCUGGGAUUGAAAUUCACGAAACACAACACUGAGAGGAAGAGAGAAAGCGGUAGGACACAGGAGCGAAGAAGUCCACACCACCUGCCGGACAUGGCCAGCUCUGUCAGUACCGCCGGUGGGCUGGUGAUCUCCACCCAGGUGUAUCCAGCCGGUCAGGCCCCUGUGCCCUCUCCUGGCCUGCAGGCUCAGUGGUUGCCAGCCCCCACUUCCCUCUCCCAGGAUUCUGCAGAGCUGAAGAAGCACUUGCGAGGAGAGCCCAAGGCUCUGGGGACGGCCCAGAUUAUGAUUGGCAUUUUCAGUGUGCUCCUUGGCAUCAUACUGUCACACAAUGACCCCGUUCUCGCAAGUGAGACUGGAAUCGCUUACUGGGGAGGUUUGCUGUACAUUAUUUCUGGGGCUCUCUGUGUCGCUGGAGAAAACACUCUCAGAAUGUCUGUGAUCAAGGCAGCAGUAGGAAUGCAUGUCAUAAGCUUGGUUAUUGCCAUCGUUGCAACAGCAAUUUAUUCGUUGAGUUUUAAAGAGACAGAACCUUGUGUCCAAGAGGAAUAUCAUCAUUAUUAUUAUUAUCCUGAGUGCUAUGAUCACAGGAAUGCUGUGCUCUUGCAAAAUGGCACAAGUGGGGCCCUGAUUUUUUUUACUGUCCUGGAGAUUUGCAUUGCUGCUUCCAUGCUGGCCUUUGGGCUGAAAGAUGCGUGCUUCAGAAGUUCAAUGCCUUCAGUUGUACUGCAGCAGCCAUUGCCAUCAGGGACGCCUGCCCGUUCCUCGGACUACUGCCCCCUUGUGGACGAUGAAACCGGCAUUGCCAGUAGCCACACUAUGUAGCUCCUCCAGUGUCCAAACCGCUGAGCAGUAGUAGCACAGGGCCUUGCUGAGCUGCAGGUGUUCAAAGCUCUAAUGUGCCAGCCAUUACUAACCCUCUUGCUUAGUGCUGAUAUUGUCAAGGGCUCCCUGUCUCUGUUGGAUGAUACUGAGAUGGAGUGGUCUUGGGAGGGAUUGAAAAGUAGAUGCACUCUCUGUUUCAGAAAUGUUAUCUGCUUCUUAGACUUUUCCUCCUGGGGGCCCCAUUUGGGACAUACAGUAAACUGUGAAGAAUUUAGCAAUUUACCCUGUUUUUGUGCCUCAGGUCUUUCAAUUUCCCUCCUGCUAUUCUCCUAAGAAGCUCUGUGUUCAAUCCCUCUGCCACUGAAUGCAACAGUUCCUGUCUGACUGCUUCCCAUUGUUAGCCAUUAAUACUACACAGUCAUUUGUUUUGCACUAUGUAUCAUACUUUGACUAGCUACUGUAUAUACAUCCUGUGUUUAUCAACAUGCUCCCAUUAUUAAGGCCUGCCAUGGGAUUCCUGACAUUUUAGUAAAAGGGUCUGUUUUUCCAGUUUUUCUGAAAACAAAACAGUUCCCAAGCUCCCUGGAAUGUCCAUCUGUAAAAAUGCAGAGACGUGAAGAAACAGCAGGAACAUCACAAACGCUGAUGUCUGUGUUUCAGCUUAGGGAAGUAUUUUAUCCUGAAUCUUCUGCUCUGCUGUCUUUCACAUGCAGACUGCUGUUCCUGUACUAUCUUUCUGUGGUUCUGUAAUUAACUAUGUGCUUUGUGGAUUUAUAAUAUAUUGUAUUCUUAUAAUUGAAAAAUUUACAAGUUGCCAAGGAUGAAGGUAUCAGCUAAGUUACAGUUGUUCUUAGACGUUCUGGUUCAGAUAAAUAUCAGGUAGCUUCUGCCCACAGCAUGACAAUGACCCCGAGCAAGCCAGUGCAGCUGAUGAGCUCAUGAAGUCCAACUCAGUCCGUAGUUUACGUGCUGAAGAAAGAUCUGGGACAGAACCCCAAGAACUUCCAACAGCUCAAGUGGCAGCAACAGAAAAUCUCAAACGAUCCUACCGAUAGAUUCAAACCUCAUGAGCACAAAUAGAGAUUGCUCGACAAUAAAAGAAAAGUUAUUCUGACUUUGCGCUCUCACUAAAUUUGGAGGGCACUGUAUACGAAAGGUGUAUUAACGUAUAACUCAGAAAAUAAUAAACACACAUUCAAAUUCCA